AUGUCCACGCGGAUCAUCAAACCAAGCAUUGCAGCUUUUAUCAAUUUUGUCAAACCUUUGAACUCUCAACAAGAAGCCCGUUACAUAUAUAACCAAUUCUCUAGACUAGGUAAAGUAACUUGGUGGCAUGAUCAUACAAGUCCCGCGGGGUUCAGACAUCAUGGAGCUAGAUCAAUGGUGAUAUAUACACUGGAUGAUUUAAAAGGUCUAGAGACAAUGGCAUUGGAAAAGGAGAAUUUAAUUGAUGAUUUGAAUAGUAUAGUUGGUAUACCAUUAUUGAAAGAUUAUGAAUCUUUACAAAAUGGUGAAAUUGAUAAAAUUGAUCCAGUUUAUCAAUUUGAUGAUAAAUCAAUGUCUAAAAAUCAAAGAGCAAAUGAAAUCAAAUUGAAAAAAUUUAAACCUUUACCCACUGAUGUUGAAGUUAGUUCAGCUACUAGAGAUGAGCCAUUUUUUGUGGCAAAUAUGUUAACUACUGAAGGUUAUAUGAGUGAAUAUGUUCAAAUGAAGGCAGCUAAUUCAAUACCUUUGAGAGUCAGGGUAGAUCUGGUUGACUAA